UUUAAGCGUGGCGUAUCGUUGAACAAUUCAAGAAUAUGAAUGUCGCUUUGUUGUGUGUUAUUUUCAUAAUUAAUGAAACAAAGAGCUUCUACGUCGACAAUACUAGUUUUCAUAAAGACGUUGAAAGGAAAAUGGUUCUUUUGAGGAAACUACAAAAUUUGCAAGAAUAUGACUCGAGAAAUGUAGCUCAAACGCCGUCUUGGAAUGAAAUUCUAGCCGACGUGCUCGUGAAACGAAUUUUCCCAUUCCACAAACUGAAUAAUGAGACUGAAAGCAUAAGCAAUGUUGACGACGAAAAAAGCAUAUGGGUUGGAUGCAUUAGUUUUGCCUUAAAAAUAUAUAAAAACUAUUUAUACGAUAAACUGAGAUACGACCAAGACACGCGUCAAGCAAACGAAGAAAUACCCGACCCUGUAGAAGAAGAGACUUUAGAUAAUCCAAAAGAUGACGUCGAAAUACUAGAACCGGCGUAUCAUGGGAAGUUAUGCGAUAAUUGUGAUCUAAAUACUGAAAUUGAAAGCAAUAUUAGCGAUUGUGGUGAAGAUUCCUUGAAGGAUGCAGAUGGGAAUUGCGUUUCGAAGUCAUCACAGUUCAUUUUAUCAAUACCAUCUCAAUGCCCUGUUGGUUACAGACGAGAUUGGCUUGGAUUUUGCAGAGUAAUACUUUAAAUACAGUCAGAACUAACUUAGAAUAUUAGAUCAAACGUAUUAUAUGAAUAUGAAUUGUGCAUGAUGCAAAUCAGUAGUAACAGAUUAUUCAAUUAAUUUGAAGUCUGAAUCACGCUAUCAACAUUUUUUGAGCUGGGUGUAUUUAUAAUGUCGUGUAUGAUGGCAGGUAUUCACUCCGAAUAUCAACAAUAAUCACGAUACAUUUUCCAAUUACGAUUAAUAAUCUAUUUAUUACAAAAAUAUCUUAACAAUUA